AGAGCUUACAACUCCCGCGACUCUCGCCACAGAAAGAGGCGCCUGAUCAAGUCAUCUGCUGUCAGAAAGCACCAUACUGUUCGCACUAUCCCUACCGAAAGGCACCUUUCGCCCUUACGUUCUCACAAAUAAUCUUGAUGUAUGCCUUCCUCCUUGUUCUCGCCGCAAGUCUUGCCUGUGCUUUGCUACGGAUAUGGACACACAAAGGUAUCAUAUUCCAGAGCCAAACAUGGAUUAUACAGUCAAACGACUUGCCUGCUUUCGCCAAUGGUACCCAGGUCAUCACUUCUGGGGAGCCGUGGGCUCCUUUAUCCAAUCCAGUCUCUCGCUUAGACAAGGCGGCCAUGAUUCGAGAUAGCCUAGCUGUCAUCUUCCUCAGAGUUGUGCCGAUUGCUGGGCUUGGCAUGGUAUCAAACGGGAUUGCGGUACUGGACAUCCAUCAUCGAUGGGUGCAACCAUUCACCAACAUGUACAGAGGACCAAGUUCGGUCACAGACUCUCUACUGCUGGACUAUAUGACCGUCUCUCCUCUAGAAGUGUUGCCUCAAGCCUGGACCAACAAGCACUACAAGGUUCUCUACUUCGGUAUCCUGAGCGCUCUCAAUUGGGUGCCCCCGUUGACGAUAACCGGACUUUGCUCGGUCACCGAGACAGGUUCUCAGGUGAUCGUACAAGUUUCACCCGUCGCAGCGUGUCUUGCAAUAUUCUGGGCGUUACUAUAUGCCGUCUCUUUGACGACCAACUGGGCCCCACCCGAGCGAAAACUUCCAAGGAUCUGCGGCAGCUUGUACGAUCUCUUCACUUUCUUCUAUGCUAGCCGGUUGCGCUGGCUGCCCGAGUUUGGGCAUGCUGCGUUCAGUAAGACCCUCACGAAGGCUGACUUCCAUGCCCAUCUACUCUUGGCGAGACAUGAAUUCCUCUUUGGUUUGGUCGCAGGACAGGAAACUUCUCAUCAUGGCUUUGACAUAGCCAGUCAUGUGGUCCGGAUAAAGCCUGUUCGCCGCUUCCGAAAGACGCGGCCGAGUGAUCGUGAUGCUGAUCCUGAGGCUAUACAAAUGGAUACACUCAGUGCUUCAGAAUCUUUGCACGACGGGGAUUAACCGAUGGACGAAGACUCGCCAGCAAGUGGCCGCUCGAGCGCAAUCGAAUGAGGCAGGUUCGCGACAAAGCUUCAAAUUCAUGUCGCACAAAUAUCUAGAAUUGGGAAGAGAGAUUUAGCUUAAGGAGUUUUAAUUCUAAUCGUGUUUUGUAUAGCUUCUAUAGAUCAUCACCAGGGACGGAUUUUCGAUACCGAGUUCGUUACUCGUACA